AUGGCUUUAUGUCCCAAACCAUACAGUUUUGAAAAAGAUAUUGCAUCCCAGAAGUCUGCUUCGUUGAAUAAUGGCAACAAGAACAACAAGCGGAGGUGCGACUUUUUGUACAAUGCACCUGCCGCCAAUAAGAGAGUCUGUUUGCAGCAGUUGAAGAAUGACGCUGUUGCUCAGAGGAGUCAUUUCCAAAUGAAUAAGAAUUUGGUUGCUACAAAGAAUUACUAUUCGUCGUCGUCGGAGGAUAAUGACUCAGAUGACGAGCAGUCGUGUUACAAGGCGGACCAGAUCCGAGCAAAACGCAGGGCUUCGACUAGAGUUUCCUUUUCCACUAGUAAUGCGCAAUUGUCUAAAGCGCUUUCCCAGUAUAGCGAUGAUGAAGAAGAUGACGAUGACGAGGAUGGAAAUGACUCGCAGAGAAGCGAUGCCAUCAGGAAACAUGUCUUUUACGGAUCACGCAGAUCGUCCGAGUCCGCCAUCAAGAUUUUGAAGUCUGACGACGAGAUUGAGAAUUUAGACUGCAAAUUGGUUUCAAGUCCCAUUGGCAGCAACAUUUCCUUGAAAAAGGUACUAGGUGGCGAACAUGUCAAUGUCAAUGUCAAUGUCAAUGCCAAUGCCAAUGCCAAUGUCAGUGGAAAGGGUAAUGGCGAUGAUGAUGACGAUGACGACGAUGGCGACGAAUUUGCAGAGGCGGACGAGAAGGAUCAGAAGGAUUGUGAUUCAAGCCAUGCUGCUGCUUCUAUUGUAGUUGCCGACAAACAAGCUAGAGCGAGAUGCUUUGAUUAUUUGAUUGGAGCCAUUGACGAAGCUUGGGCGAGAUACUGCGAUGCAACCACAUAUGUCGAAGACGACGUGCAUGGAUAUAUUACACCUGCCUCAUUGGUUUCUGGAAGCGACAAUGAUGAUCAGGAGUUGAUGAAUCUCAAGCAGAGGUUAAUCAGAUCAAAGGAAUUUCUUCAAGAUCACAUUGAAUCACACGAUGCAAGUGAUAUCAAACAAUUCUGGCACCGGUGGGAUGUCACCAAAUACCAAAUGUUGGAUGUAAUGGAAGACGACGAUGAUGUUUUAGAUGAACUUGAAGAAGGGCGCCAAAUUUUCUGA